GCUUGUUCAAUUAUUCCGGUGUCUGUUUCAAAUCGAGUAAAUCGGUUUUGGGUAAAAACACUUUAAUGCCUUUAAAAUGCACUCUGAAAAUCUACGAUGGGAAACUUUAGGAGCUCUGAAAAACUCUCCGAAGGGGAAACUCAAAUACAGUCCAGACUGGCUGGAAAUGGGGGAGGAUGUUCUGGCGGGCUGUAUGGAGAUGUCCAGUCUGUCUCCUCUCUCAGGACAGAUUCUGAAGAGACUGAGUCCUCGUCCAAGGAUCAAGACCUGCUCUCUGACUUCAUGUGUUCGUGAUACCAGUCCCGGACUCUCAGAAGAUUUUUUAGUCUGCGCUUCGAUUCCCAUCAGUCCCAGACAGAUUUCAUCUCCUACCUCUUCGUCUCCGGUCUCCAUCCACGCUGAGGAGGAAGAGCAGAAGAAAGCUGAAGAAAUCAAGGCGGCUCCUGCAGCAAGUGUCAGCUCACCUCCAGUGAUUUCCGUCCUGUCACCCAGAGCCACACAGAUGGCCGGCUGUAUCCUCAUGUGUGAGCACAAACACAAGGCCAAAGCAAAGGCGGAGCUGAGUCUCAGACAGGAGCAGCAGGAGCGGCUGGUGGCCAGCGUCUCUAACUGUGAGUCUGAGCAGCUCAAACGCUACGAGGAGUUCAUGGAGCCUAAACAGAGACAGGAGUACCAGAGUAUGAGAGACAUGAUGGAGAAAGAGACGCAGGAGAGUCUCGGCCGGCAGGAGAAGCUGCGAGAGGAACACAGACACAGAAUGAAAAUCCUGAACCUGCGUCUGCGGGAGGCGGAGCUUGAGCGACAGCGGGAGGCGGAGCUUGUGCGUCAGCGGCAGGUGGAGGGCAGAGAGCGGCACAGAGCUAUCAACUCCAUACAGGAGGAGGUGCUACAGCUCAACCAGCUCCUACAGCCACGCCCCUCCACACAUACAGACUCCGCCCUUGACCACACCCCCUACAUCACCCGCGGGAACCAGCUCUGCUCGCAGGUCUCCGAGGUGGUGCCGGCAUCUGCAGAUGGUCAGUUUCCCAGCGUGGAGGAUUUGACCGUGGCGGAGCGAGUGCUACAGGAAAUGAGGUCACUGGUCAGAAACCUUCAAGAUGAGGUGGCACAGGCUGCCGAGAGGAAGAGGAAGGAGCAGGAGGAAGAGGAGGAGAAGAAGAAAAGACACGAUGAGCCGAAAGCCCAACAAGCGGAGCAGAAGAAAAACGCAGCACAGUCCGCCAAAGAGAAGACAAGGAAACAGGGUGAGGGAGCAGGUCUGCAGACAGGGGCAGAUGACAACACUUUAAAAUGGUACAAUGCACUGCAGGAUUCGGCCAGUCGGUGCACUCAGGCGUUUGAUGAGCUCAGCAGAGCUAAAGACACGCAGACCAAGAAAUUAAAAAUGGAGCUCCAAAAGGCUGCGACCACACCUGUGAGCCAGAUCCCAAACAUCUCAGGUGCUCCGCUGAAGGAGGCCUUUGAGAAAAUAGACAAGCUGUUGUCCGGUCGUCCAGUGACGUCCGCUGGAAAGACAGUGUCGACGUCCCAGCAUCAUCAGGGGCUGGAGUUUGUCAGUUAUAAACUAGCGGAAAAGUUUGUGAAACAAGGAGAAGAGGAAGUGGCGUCCAAUCAUUCGGCAGCGUUUCCCAUCGCCGCUGUGGCAUCAGGCAUCUGGGAACUGCAUCCUGCAAUCGGAGAACUUGUACUCGCUCACCUCCACAGGAAGUGCCCAUACGCUGUGCCACACUAUCCACCGAUGGAGCGAGGCACGUCUGUGGAGGAUUACCAGAAGAUUCUGGGAUACCGUGUGGAGGACUCUAAAGUGGAAGGCCAGGACAGUUUUCUGAAGAGGAUGUCGGGAAUGAUUCAUCUCUACGCAGCAAUAAUUCAGAUGAAAUGGCCUUAUACCAGCAAACAAGGGCUUCAUCCUCACGGCUUGAAUCACGGCUGGCGUUGGCUCGCACAAAUCCUCAACAUGGAGCCACUCGCUGACAUCACGGCUACUAUUCUCUUCGACUUCCUAGAGGUCUGUGGAAACGCUUUGAUGAGACAAUAUCGAGGGCAGUUCUGGAAACUGAUAUUGCUUAUUAUUGAAGAAUACUUUCCGAGGAUCGAAGCGGUCACCAGCACCGGUCAGAUGGGCUCCGUAACCAGACUCAAACAGUUUCUAGAGACGUCUUUAAGAACCAAGCAGAUUCCCGCUCCCAGGAGCGAGCUUGGCUCCGCCUUCUUCAAGUCCUGAUUGGUGGAAAUCAACCUGAUAAAUGUUUAAAGAAAAAGAAUCUACACUGAAAUUAAGCAUAAGCCAACACUGUUUAGUGGAUGAAUGAGUGUUAAUGUGUUUUUCUCAUCUGUAGGAUUUAUUUAAUCGAGCAUCAUGCCUUCUUAAAUUCAAGUUUGUUUUCUUUUAUCGGUGAAAUAUAAGGAACUGAUGUCCUUUUUCUCAAUUUAGUUUAUGUUGGUGUCUUAA